UCCACAGCCCCAGCGCCGAGAACGGGAGGUGCUCUGCCUUCCUACGACAAGAAAGGGCCGAGACAUUCUGCUCCCCGCCCCGGGAGGGGUGAGGACCGCCCUGCCCGGUGCCCGGAGCUCGGCUGGACUGCCCGUGCCAGCCCUUCGCUGCACGGGGAAGCGGCUCAGCCCCGGCGGGCAGGGCAGGGCAGAGCAGGGCAGGACCGGGCUGGGGAAGAGCGGGUGGCACCCCUCCUCCCCUCUUCCUCCUCCUCUUCCUCCUUCUCCUCUUAACUUGUCGCGGCGGCGGGGGAUGCGCCAACAGCGGCGGGAUGGCUUCGGCCGUGUUUGAAGGCACCUCGCUGGUCAACAUGUACGUGCGGGGCUGCUGGGUGAACGGCAUCCGGCGGCUCAUCAUCAGCCGGCGGGGAGACGAGGAGGAAUUUUACGAGAUCCGCACUGAGUGGUCGGACCGCAACAUCCUCUACUUGCAUCGCAGCUACUCCGAUCUCGGCCGCCUCUUCAAGCGGCUUCUUGACUCUUUCCCGGAGGACCGCCCCGAGCUGUCCCGCUCCCCAUUGCUCCAAGGGCUCAUCACAAUAAAAGAAGCCCAUGAUAUAGAAGCCAGGCUUAACGAAGUGGAAAAGCUUCUGAAGACUAUUAUAAACAUGCCCUGGAAGUAUUCAAGGUCUGAAGUUGUCCUCACAUUCUUUGAGAGAUCUCCUUUGGACCAAGUCCUAAAAAACGACAAUGUCCAUAAGAUUCAGCCAAGCUUUCAAAGUCCAGUUAAAAUAUCAGAAAUCAUGCGCUCAAAUGGAUUUUGUUUAGCCAACACUGAAACAAUAGUCAUUGACCACAGUAUACCCAACGGGAAAGAGAAGCACCUGGAAGUAGAUUCGGCAGAACACUUGUUUGAAAGUGUCAGUGACUUUACCUCAGAGCUAGAAGACAGUGAUGAUCCAACAGCUUAUGUCACCAACUUGACAUACUACCACCUGGUCCCGUUUGAGACUGAUAUUCUGGACUGAAGCUGCUUGGAUAUGCUCUCAGCCAGCAUCAAGCUGACCUCCUCACCUGUAGGCUUCGCUAUCCCCAGCGCCGCAUCUCUGUGAGUAAGGCUGUGGAGGCAAGACCAGCAGCGAAGAAGCAGCAGCAAGCAUGCCACAAAGCUGUUUUUGUAGCCUGGCCCUCCAUAGUGUGCUGUGGAGACAUCUUGCAAGGAGGUAGCUGCUUUGCUGUUGGCAAGAAAUUCAUUUUCCAUGAAAGCAAAGCAGCAGAGGCCUCUUGGGGUCAAUGACAUCUCUGCAGUGUCUGUGGGAAUUGCCACCUGGACAUAGCCACCGGAAAGUUGUGCCACCAGAAACUUCCUGAGAUGGCCUGACCACAUAUUUUAUGCUGUGUAAGCAAGAAGGAGAGCAAAGCAGCUGCAUUUUGCCAGUUCCCUCUGCAGUUGCUUAAUGGAAUGGUCUUGCAGGUCACUUUUUUCUCAGCUACCAGAUGACUGGUGCCUUACACGAGAUGUCAGAAAUACCGCAGAGUGCCUCCAGGAAAUCGAUCACAUGAGCUGAUCACACAGUCACUGAACUAGGGGUUAGAAGGGACCUCUGGCAAUCAUCUGGGCCAGUCCCCCUGCCAGAGCAGAUGCUUUUGCUUCUUUUAAUCAUGGGGGUUUAUAUAAUCACAGAAGAGUCAGUUCCUCUUUCCUGGAAUAGCGAAGCAGGCAGCAGCUGGCAUUGCAAGGACUGUGUCUGACGUGUGGGUACUGGUAUGAUUUCAGAGGUCUGGAAAGCUGAUGGGAAAGCUGAGCUGUCCUGCUAAGAAGGGUCAAGGCUAUGGCAGGCACUUGGCUAUGAUUUUUUUUUUUCCACAUGGACCAGCAAAUGUGAAUGGUGCUUACAGUUAUUUACAUCAGAGAUCACUUCCUAUGCAUAUUUCUUCCCAGAGGAUGGGGAGGAAGACAAUGAGAUUUAUGUGGUGUUUGGGCUGAAGAAGAAUGAUAAGCUCAAGUGUGUCUCCAGUGGUAGGAACAACACCCUCCCUGUGGCCAGCCAGGCUCAGGGAGUUUGUCCAGCUUCCAAAGAUCUGCCCAUGGGGCUGAGUGCAGGCUUCACUGUCACGUCAUGCCAUGGCUUUUACUGGAGGUAGGACAAUGGGAGUAAGAGCAGGAUUAGACCCUGCAGCCUCUUGACUACUGAGUAGUAGUGCAAUGUUAAGAUCUCCUUGGGGUGUCUCUUGCAAAGUGCUCCAAAAUCCCAGCUCUCACUGUGAGUGCUCAACGCUCACCAGCGUGACCUUUCAUUGAGCUUUUUGCCAUCUGUUUGCAAACAGGAGUUUGAAGGGACCAAAAAGGGGAAGUUUUGGACUUGUUUCUUAGUAAAAGGGCUUAUUUGGUCCUGAACAAGCUGAAACAACUCCCUUCUGCAGACUUUUCACAUCUAUCAAUAGAGUAACAGUCAAAAGGAAUUUGCUGAUGUAAAUAAUAAAUUAUUGAGAAUCCUGAUUCUUUUACACAGUAUGUUUUUAAAAUAUAUUUUAAUGAAAUAAAAUAAAACUCACCUUCAG